CUCAACGCAAUGGCAAACAGAGCAGCUGGGAAGGGGUAUGAAAAUGAAGACAACUACUCCAAUAUCAAGUUCCAAUUCAUAGGCAUUGAGAACAUCCAUGUAAUGAGAAAUAGUCUGCAGAAAAUGCUUGAAGUUUGUGAGCUGAAAUCGCCUUCAAUGAGUGACUUUCUGUGGGGCCUAGAAAAUUCUGGCUGGCUGAAGCAUAUCAAAGCCAUUAUGGAUGCUGGCAUUUUUAUUGCAAAGGCUGUGGCUGAGGAAGGUGUGAGUGUGCUUGUUCACUGCUCUGAUGGCUGGGAUAGGACAGCCCAGGUUUGCUCUGUAGCGAGCCUUCUGUUGGAUCCGUAUUACAGAACUAUGAAGGGAUUCAUGGUUUUAAUUGAAAAAGACUGGGUUUCCUUUGGUCACAAAUUUAAUCACAGGUAUGGCAACUUAGAUGGAGAUCCAAAGGAGAUAUCCCCCGUUAUUGACCAGUUCAUUGAGUGUGUAUGGCAAUUAAUGGAACAGUUUCCUUGUGCCUUUGAAUUCAAUGAGAGAUUCCUCAUCCACAUACAACAUCAUAUCUACUCUUGCCAGUUUGGGAAUUUCCUGUGUAACAGCCAGAAGGAGAGACAAGAGCUGAAAAUCCAAGAACGAACAUAUUCAUUGUGGGCUCAUAUGUGGAAAAAUCGUGCCGAUUACCUGAAUCCUUUGUACAGAUCAGACCACAGUCAAACCCAAGGGACCCUGCGCCCACAGAUGGCUCCAUGCAACUUCUUGUACAAGUUCUGGAGUGGUAUGUACAACCGCUUCGAGAAGGGGCUGCAUCCUCGACAGUCAGUUACUGAUUAUCUGAUGGCAGUGAAAGAAGAAACUCAGCAGCUGGAAGAAGAGCUGGAGGUCUUAGGAGAGAGAUUGGCAAACCUUCAGAAAUCACAAUUAACUGACAAUAAAGUCAAGAGUAAGCAACAAGAUGGAAGCAAACAGUUAGGGCUUUCUACUUCCAACAACAGCUUAGCUAACACUCCCCAGGAGUAUAGCAACGAUCUGAAAUCAUUCCCAUCCCGGAGCCCUUCACAAGGGGAUGAAGAAGACUCAGCCCUGAUUUUGACACAGGACAACCUGAAAAGCUCUGAUCCUGACCUGUCAACUAACAGUGAUCAGGAGUCUGGUGUGGAGGACUUAAGCUGUAGGUCCCCAAGUGGGGGUGGCUGCUUGCCUAGUGAAGACAGUGGCAAGGAUUCAGAUGAGGCUGUAUUUCUGGCAGUCUGA